UCACCGGUCCAAGCUAAGUUUGUACGGGGUAGUAAACGCUAUGGCCGACACUCUACACCAGAGUUCACAGAGACCAUCGCAGACUUCUCAGACGCUACAGGGCAGGACCCAGAAGAUCACGAAGACUCUUCUGUGCCCAGGAAACGUGAGGUAAACACCUGCCUACUGAGAAUGGAUGGAUGUACUCAUAUUCGUCACCUCAGUUUCAACUCUUGAUGUUAUUAAUUACAUACGGUGUCACCACGUUCUACCAGUCAGAUCGUUGUUGGGCUUCGGUUGUCCUUUUACUGCAAACACACAAUGAUAAAGACAUGUAACCUAUCAACUAAAAUACCAGUUGAUGUAACAUUGUUUCUGCAUAUUCCAUGAUUCCUCUCUGCUUUCUACAUGUCAAGCGUUUUGACUAUGGACUAUAGGUACAUUCAUCUACACCCUCAUGACCGCUUUUUUUUUGUACCAGGAACUGCCCUGUAUCUACAGGCUACCUGCGUCAUUCUCUCUCUCUGUCCUGGUCUAUCUCUUCCUGGUCUCUCUCUCUCUCUAUGUACCGGUCUCUCUCUUCUCUGUACAGGUCUCUCUCUAUUCUCUGUACCCGGUCUCUCUCUCAUCUCUGUUCCCGGUAUAUACUCUGUCCCGGUCCUCCGCUACGGUAUCUCUCUGUCCCGGUCUCUCUCUCUCUUGUCCCGCGUCCUCUCUCUCUCUGUGCCCCGGUUCUCUUCUCUCUAUGUCACGGCUAUCUCUCUCUCUGUGCCCGGUUUAUCUUGCUCUCAGUCCCGGUCUCUCUCUGUACCGGUCUUCUCUGUCCCGCGGUCUCUCUCUCUUCUCUUAGGUCCGGUCUCUCUUCUCUCUGUCACGGCCCUCUCCCCUCUCUGGGUCCCGGUUUUCCCCUCCCCCCUCUCGGGUCCCGGUCUCUUCUCCCCUGCCCCGGCCCUCUCUCCCCCUUUUUCUUGCCCCGGGUCUCUCUCCUCGUUUUGCCCCGGGUUUCCUCUUCCUUUUCCCGGUCCCCUCUCUUCUCUUUUUCCCCUUCUCUCCCCCUCCCCCUUCUCUGUCCGGUCUCCUCUCUCUUUUGCCCCGGGUUCUCUCUUCCUUUUCCCGGUCCUCUCUCUCUUUUGCCCCGGGCUUCUUCUUGCCCGGGCUCUCUCUCUUGUCCUCGUGUCUUUUCCUUCUCUCUCUCUGCCCCUGUGUCUUCCCCUCCUCUCCCCCGGCCUCGUCCUCUCUCCCCUUCCCCCUCUCUCUUCCCUCCCGGUUUUCUCUCUCCCUCUCGCCCCGGGUCUCCUUUUCCCUGUCUCUCUCUCUGUCCUCGUUCUCCCCUCUCGUCCUCGUCCUCCUCUUUUCCUGGGCUCCUCUUUUUCCGGUCUAUCCCCUUGCCUGGGUCUCCCCUUUUUCCCCUUGGGCUGUUUGGGGUUUUUUCCCCGGGCUUGGGGGGAAGGGUUUUUAAAGGGCUGAUAGGAGGGGUUGGGUUUUUUCUUAAAAACCCCUUUAGUGCUAGCAACCCCAGAUUUUUAAAAAUUAAAUGUCCCCCACAAAAAACACACCCAACACCUCAAACCCCCGACCCUUCACAAGGCUCCCCUCUGGCUAUUUUUCAACUUUUGGCUAUCUACUUUUUCCUAUAUAUUAAUAACGGGAAAUGUUAACGUAUGCCAUAAACCAGGAAAAAAUUUUAACCAAGGGUUUUUUGGUGGGUUGGUAAGCCUUUACUGUAUUUUGAGCGGGAAAAAACCCACCUCUUUUUUUGUGGGUUGCUGAACUGUGGGCCCCCAACCCUACCAAUGAUUCAGCAUUUUAAAGCAAUACCCUCAAAAAUUUGAUUGAUAAUAUCAUGCGGUGGGUACACGGAAUAAAACCAUGGGAAACCAGGAAACUUUAACCAUAGGAACCAGGGAACUUUAACCAUAGGAACCAGGGAACUUUUAACCAUAGGAACCAGGGAACUUUAAACCUUGGUGUGUGUGUGUGUGUGUUUCACUAUGCUGCCAGUGUUGUGGUGGUCAAGGCAACCACAGUGUUUUAUCCCACGCCACAUCUUCAUGUUGAGACAGGCCAGGGAUGAGACCGGGACCGAGAGGGAGAGAGAGAGUCAUGGAGGAGAGUAGAGAGGGAGAGAGAGAGAGUCAUGGGAGAGGAGAGAGAAAGAGGAUGGGAGAAGAGAGUCAUUGGGAAAGGAGGAGAGACCGAGAGGGAGAGGGGAGAGAGAAUCAUGGGGAAGGAGGAGAGACCGAGAGGAGAGGGAGAGAGAGUCAUGGGGAAGAGGAGAGAGGAGAGACCCUGCUAAGCUGCCCUGGUCAACUGUAAGUCUGUUAUUGUGAAGUGGAGACGUCUAGGCCACACAAGCUCACCAGAACGGGACAAUACUCACUACCGAGUUCCAAACUGCCUCUGGAAGGCAACGUCAGCACAAUAACUGUUAGUCGAGAGCUUUGUGAAAGGGGUUUCCAUGGCCAAGCAGCCUCACACAAACCUAAGAUCACCCAUGCGCAAUGCCAAGUGUAGGCUGGAGUGGUGUAAAGCUCGCCACCAUUGGAACUCUGGAGCAGUUGAAAUGCGUUCUCUGGAUGUGAUGAAUCACGCUUCACCAUCUGGCAGUCCGACAGACAAAUCUGGGUUUGGCGGAUGGCCAGGAGAACGCUACCUGCCCCAAUGCACUAGUGCCAACUGUAAAGUUUGGUUGACGAGGGAAUAAUGGUCUGGGGCUUUUUUUCCAUGGUUUUGGUCCUCUGUAGCUCAAUUGGUAGAGCAUGGCGCUUGUAACACCAGGGUAGUGGGUUCGAUCCCCGGGACCACCCAUAUGUAAAAAAUGUAUGCACUCAUGACUGUAAGUCGCUUUGGAUAAAAGCGUCUGCUAAAUGGCAUAUUAUUAUUAUUAUUAUUAUUAUUAUGGUUCGGCUAGGCCCCUUAGUUUCCAGUGAAGGGAAAUCUUAACACCUACAGCAUAGAAUGACAUUCUAGACGAUUCUGUGCUUCCAACUUUGUGGUAAGAGUUUGGGGAAGGCCCCUUUCCUGUUUCAGCAUGACAAUGCCCCCGUGCACAAAGCGAGGUCCAUACAGAAAUGGUUUGUCGAGAUUGGUGUGGAAGAACUUGACUGGCCUGCACAGAGCCCUGACCUCAACCCCAUCAAAACACCUUUAGGAUGAAUUGGAACGCCGACUGCGAGCCAGGCCUAAUCGCCCAAACAUCAGUUCCCGACCUCACUAAUGCUCUUGUGGCUGAAUGGAAGCAAGUCCCCCGCAGCAAUGUUCCAACAUCUAGUGGAAAGCCUUCCCAGAAGAGUGGAGGCUGUUAUAGCAGCAAACGGGGGACCAACUCCAUAUUAAUGCCCAUGAUUUUGGAAUGAAUGUUCGACGAGCAGGGGUCCACAUACUUUUGGUCAUGUGGUGUAUCUCUGGUCUGUUGUGUAGGCCUUUACUGCAUUAGUGUGGACUUUCACAUUUUCCACUCUAUAACAAAUGCCCCCAAAUAUUUAUGAUGGUAUGCAGACUGCAUACCAAGGCUGCUCUCUCUGUAUAUGUAGGUUGGUAAAUUGAGACUACUCUCUGUAGAUGGAGGUUGGUUGACACUGGCAAGGACAAACAUUGUGAGACACUGACAAGGACAAACAGGGUGAGACACUGACAAGGACGAAGCGACUAAUCUUGGAUUGGUUUCCCUACAGGGCGGCAGGCAUCUUGGAUUGUUUCCCAGGUAGCUUAGCGGUUUAAGAGCGUUGGGGAACAGUAAACCGAAAGGUUCGAAUCCUGAGUCGACUUUGGGUGAAAGAUCUGUCUGUGCCCUUGAGCAAGACACUUAACCAUAAUUGCUCCUGUAAGUUGCUCUGCGUAGGAGUGUCCGCUAAAUUACUCCAAUGUAAAUGUAAUGGCACCCAAUUCCCUAUAUAGUGCACUAAUUUUGAUCCUAUACAGUGCACUACUUUUGACCAGAGCCCUGGUCUAAAGUAGUGCACUAUAUAGGGAAUAGGGUGCCAUUCUCUGGUCUAAAGUAGUGCACUAUAUAGGGAAUAGGGUGCCAUUUGGGAUGCUGCCGUGGGUUGCGUUGAACAAUGUCCAGCCUCCAGCCUGGUGCACCAGCAGAUGAGGAAGGGUCGGGGGGCUCUUCCUGAUUUGGGAAGGGCUUUUUUUGGUGUCUGACAGUGGAACAAUGGGCUAAGCCCUCCACCCCUCCCUCACAGAUGCCUAUACACCCAGACAUGGAAUAAAGAGUAGCGGAGACCCAUCUGUUCUUCAUUCCUUCACUGUGUUUCCUUCCCAGACAAUAGAUGGCUUUAGACGCCUGAACACUGCCACAACACAAUAGAUCUCUAACCACCUUCCUGAAAUCACUCUUCAGACAUAUGGGAACUGUGGAAUUAUUAUUCUGCUAUUUACCAUAUUUAUUAUUACAACCAAUUUCACUCUUUUAGUUUGUAAAAAGUGACCUUAUAUAUUUUGUGAUGCAGCAUACAUAUGUCUAUGAUGUAGAUUGUUCAAGUCAAAAUCUAACUUUUUUAGGCUCACUUUGAGAAUUGUCCUUAAAAUGCAAAAAAGAAAAAGAGUGAAAAAGAGGGUGAGAGAGAGAGAGAGAGAAACAUAGUAAGAGGAAUGUGAGGGUUUUAGUCCGCUUUGGAUCGGUCUCUCUCUCUUUUAAUUCUCUGUUCUGGUUUACCAUCUCUAGCUUCACCUUUGACCUUCAGAGGGGCCCGUGCCGUCACAUUAGCUCUGUUGUCCUGUUUGGUCGGACACACAAACCCUGCCUGCUGCUGUCCCCACCCAACCCAACCUAGUCUCAACCUCGGUUGAUGCAACAACGACGUUUUGGAGACUGCUCACUAGCACACGAGGAAGUGGGUUGUCUCGUCUCUGUGUUUUUUUUUGAAGUGAUGGUUUACUCACUUAAACUAACGUUGUUGUUAUCUGUUUCCUCCUUCCACAGCGCUGGAACGCUCUUGAAAGGGGAACGGAAGAGUACGAGGCAGAAGGUGGGUGUAAAGUUACUGUAAAGUUACUGCAUUCAUUGUAAAGUUACUGCAUUUAUUGUAAAGUUACUGCAUUUAUUGUAAAGUUACUGCAUUUAUUGUAAAGUUACUACAUUUAAGGAAAAGCAUGCAAGUAAGCAUUUCACUCUACUGUUUACACCUGCUGUAUCCAACAUUUCCACUAGAUAGCCAUUCAUCAUUGUCAGCUUUGGGGUCAAUUCCAUUCGAAUUUAGAAAGUAAAUUGAAACUCCAUUAUCAAGUAGAACUGACCCCAGGCCUCCCAAGUGGUGCAGUGGUCUAAGGCAUUGCAUUGCAGUGCUUGAGGCGUCACUACAGACCCGGGUUCGAUCCCAGGCUGUGUCACAGCCGGCCGUGACCGGGAGACCCAUGAGGCGGCACACAAUUGGCCCAGCGUCGUCCGGGUUAGGGGAGGGUAUGGCCGGUUGGGAUUUCCUUGUCCCAUCGCGUUUCAGCAAAUCCUUGUGGCGAGGCGGGCGCCUGCAAGCUGACUUUGGUCGUCAAGCUGGACGGUGUUUCCUCCGACACAUUGGUGCGGCUGGCUUCCGGGUUAAGCGAGCAGUGUGUCAAGAAGCAGGGUCGUGUUUCGGAGGACGCAUGGCUCUCGACCUUCGCCUCUCCCGAGUCCGUAGGGGAGUUGCAGCGAUGGGACAAGAAUGUAACCACCAUUUGGAAAUCACUAAAUUGGGGAGAAAAAGGGGAAAAUAUAAAACAAUCAAUUUGAACUGACCCUGAUCAUAGGAGUGAGAUGGAGGACAUUCAACGCCUAUGCUCAGGGAGCCAGGGUCUUAAAUCAAGUCUUAUCAUUGUGUGUGUGUGUGUGUGUGUGUGUGCGUGUGUGUAGGCCAGCUGCACCUGUGGAACCCUGAUGAGCCCUCUACCCCGCGGGGCUCUAUCACACCCCUCUCAGACCGCCUGGAGGAGAGGUUUCGGGAGGCCUGCGAGGAGCUGGCUAUGCCCUGGGAUGGAUGUGCCAGCCACCAUGAGCUACUGGCUCUCUGUGACCACCUGGGGCUGGAGGUGAGGAAAGAGAUCGUCUGAAAUGCUACCCUAAUCUUUAUAGUGCAUUACAGUAGAUGUGCCAUUUUGGAUUCAACCGAAGUUCAGUCGGUGACCAUCUGGGAUCAGCUGGUCCCAGUUUCCUCCUUACCCCAUCCCCUUGGCCCCCAAACCCUUCCAUGUUUGCUGAUCUGUAAGGUGGAAGCAAUACGGUGGAAGCUCCACCACUACACUGAUUAUACCUAUCCAGACCCUACAGAUCCACCACUACACUGCUGAUGCCUAUCCAGACCUUACAGAUCCACCACUACACUGCUGAUGCAUAUCCAGACCUUACAGAUCCACCACUACACUGCUGAUGCCUAUCCAUAUCCUUUUAGAUCUGCGAACAUGGAAGGGUUUAGGGCCCAGGAGAGGGGUAGGGAGCUAAUUAGGACCGUGUAAGAAAUGUCUCCCUAUUUCCUGUAGUGAAUUAGACAGGGAAUAGGGUGGACGUAACCCAAGUGGAGGUUUGAGAGUCUGAGUAGGAUGCUGGGAAAUGUUUCUGAUUGUUGUUGUCUCCAGGUGACGGAGGAUGUCCUCCAGGUUCUAAGUGUUAAUGAGAUAAUGAGCGUUCAGGCGUUUGCUUCCUGGGUUCUGAACCACGCCAAGCCCCCCACCCCCUCUGCCUCCACACCUUACAGACAGCUCAAAAGACUACACUCCUCACAGGUACAGUAAGCCCCCCCCCAUCUUAUGUCUAGUUCUCAUGUUAAAGCAAGACAUCUGUACCACGUUUUAGUGGUUUCUUUUUCUUUUUUCUUUUUUUUCUAUUUUUUUUUUGGGGGGGGGAUGGAUCAGCUUAAUAUUGCAGAUAGAUUGUAUCUUCUAUCAAUGUAAUUGUCUGCAUCACUUCCAAUCCCCCAUGUUUUUUAAUUUUUUAUAUAUAUAUUUAUUACUUUUCAACCCCAGUGGUUUCUUUCCAAACUCCUGAUUUUUUAAAAAAAAUUUCAAGAGUCACUCUUGAAUUAGUAAAUGGAUGGAUGAAGGAUUGAAUGAAUGAGCUAACAAAUGAAUGAAUUAAUUAUUGAAUGAAUGAACUAACAAAUGAAUGUAUGUAUGUAUUAGACAAUUAAAAUAGAUACUGCCACACACCAAUGCAGUGACAAGUACACAUACAGUAUCUUGCUGUAGUAUCUAGUAAUAUUUAAGAGGUGUCCCCCAUCUCUCCUUGCAGCCAUUCGAUGAGACGGGCCGUAGAACCAGCGCUAUGACGAGUACCAUCGGGAUGCGUCUGUUCUCUACUCUGGACGAUGGGACAGGGUCCACCCCCGCUGAGGACGUCCUGGAUGCCUGGACGGAGGAGGGCAUCGAGAACAGCUCUGAGAUACUGCAGGUGAUAACAUCUUACCUCUCAUUCUGGGGGGGGGGGGGGGGGGGGGGGGGGGGGGGGGGGGGGGCAUAUGUUUUUGACACUUCAGUCAGUGUUUUUAUUUUGUUGGCUUGAGAAUGUUGACACUGUAAGUGUCUCUGUCUAUAUUUGUGCUGUAGGCCUUGGAUUUUGACGUGUCUCUGUCUAUGUUUGUGCUGUAGGCCUUGGAUUUUGACGUGUCUCUGUCUAUAUUUGUGCUGUAGGCCUUGGAUUUUGACGUGUCUCUGUCUAUAUUUGUGCUGUAGGCCUGGAUUUUGACGUGUCUCUGUCUAUAUUGUGCUGUAGGCCUUGGAUUUUGACGUGUCUCUGUCUAUGUUUGUGCUGUAGGCCUUGGAUUUUGACGUGUCUCUGUCUAUGUUUGUGCUGUAGGCCUUGGAUUUUGACGUGUCUCUGUCUAUAUUUGUGCUGUAGGCCUUGGAUUUUGACGUGUCUCUGUCUAUGUUUGUGCUGUAGGCCUUGGAUUUUGACGUGUCUCUGUCUAUAUUUGUGCUGUAGGCCUUGGAUUUUGACCUGGAGGGCAAAGUGAACCUCGGUGAGCUGACUGUGGCUCUGGAGAACGAGCUCCUCAUGACCAAGAAUGGGAUCCACCGGGCUGCACUGGCCAGCUUUAAGGCUGAGAUCCGAUACCUACUGUGAGUAUGAGGAGAAACCUACUGGCCAGCAUUAAGGCUGAGAUCAGACUCCUACUGGCCAGCAUUAAGGCUGAGAUCAGUACCUACUGGCCAGCAUUGGGGCUGAGAUCAGACUCCUACUGGCCAGCUUUAAGGCUGAGAUCAGACUCCUACUGGCCAGCUUUAAGGCUGAGAUCAGAUUCCUACUGGCCAGCUUUAAGGCUGAGAUCAGUACCUACUGGCCAGCAUUAAGGCUGAGAUCAGACUCCUACUGGCCAGCUUUAAGGCUGAGAUCAGACUCCUACUGGCCAGCUUUAAGGCUGAGAUCAGACUCCUACUGGCCAGCUUUAAGGCUGAGAUCAGAUUCCUACUGGCCAGCUUUAAGGCUGAGAUCAGUACCUACUGGCCAGCAUUAAGGCUGAGAUCAGACUCCUACUGGCCAGCUUUAAGGCUGAGAUCAGACUCCUACUGGCCAGCUUUAAGGCUGAGAUCAGUACCUACUGGCCAGCAUUAAGGCUGAAAUCAGUACCUACUGGCCAGCAUUAAGGCUGAGAUCAGUACCUACUGGCCAGCAUUAAGGCUGAGAUCAGUACCUACUGGCCAGCAUUAAGGCUGAGAUCAGUACCUACUGGCCAGCUUUAAGGCUGAGAUCAGUACCUACUGGCCAGCAUUAAGGCUGAGAUCAGUACCUACUGGCCAGCAUUAAGGCUGAGAUCAGUACCUACUGGCCAGCAUUAAGGCUGAGAUCAGUACCUACUGGCCAGCUUUAAGGCUGAGAUCAGACUCCUACUGGCCAGCUUUAAGGCUGAGAUCAGACUCCUACUGGCCAGCUUUAAGGCUGAGAUCAGUACCUACUGGCCAGCUUUAAGGCUGAGAUCAGUACCUACUGGCCAGCAUUAAGGCUGAGAUCAGUACCUACUGGCCAGCAUUAAGGCUGAGAUCAGACUCCUACUGGCCAGCUUUAAGGCUGAGAUCAGUACCUACUGGCCAGCAUUAAGGCUGAGAUCAGUACCUACUGGCCAGCAUUAAGGCUGAGAUCAGUACCUACUGGCCAGCUUUAAGGCUGAGAUCAGACUCCUACUGGCCAGCUUUAAGGCUGAGAUCAGAUUCCUACUGGCCAGCUUUAAGGCUGAGAUCAGUACCUACUGGCCAGCAUUAAGGCUGAGAUCAGUACCUACUGGCCAGCAUUAAGGCUGAGAUCAGACUCCUACUGGCCAGCAUUAAGGCUGAGAUCAGUACCUACUGGCCAGCAUUAAGGCUGAGAUCAGUACCUUCUGGCCAGCAUUAAGGCUGAGAUCAGUACCUACUGGCCAGCUUUAAGGAUGAGAUCAGUACCUACUGUGAGUAUGAGGAGAAACCUACUGGCCAGCAUUAAGGCUGAGAUCAGUACCUACUGGCCAGCAUUAAGGCUGAGAUCAGAUUCCUACUCGCCAGCAUUAAGGCUGAGAUCAGUACCUACUGGCCAGCAUUAAGGCUGAGAUCAGUACCUUCUGGCCAGCAUUAAGGCUGAGAUCAGUACCUACUGGCCAGCUUUAAGGAUGAGAUCAGUACCUACUGUGAGUAUGAGGAGAAACCUACUGGCCAGCAUUAAGGCUGAGAUCAGUACCUACUGGCCAGCAUUAAGGCUGAGAUCAGUACCUACUGGCCAGCAUUAAGGCUGAGAUCAGAUUCCUACUCGCCAGCAUUAAGGCUGAGAUCAGUACCUACUGCCCAGCAUUAAGGCUGAGAUCAGUACCUACUGGCCAGCAUUAAGGCUGAGAUCAGUACCUACUGGCCAGCAUUAAGGCUGAGAUCAGACUCCUACUGGCCAGCAUUAAGGCUGAGAUCAGUACCUACUGGCCAGCAUUAGGGCUGAGAUCAGACUCCUACUGGCCAGCUUUAAGGCUGAGAUCAGACUCCUACUGGCCAGCUUUAAGGCUGAGAUCAGAUUCCUACUGGCCAGCUUUAAGGCUGAGAUCAGUACCUACUGGCCAGCAUUAAGGCUGAGAUCAGACUCCUACUGGCCAGCUUUAAGGCUGAGAUCAGUACCUACUGGCCAGCUUUAAGGCUGAGAUCAGUACCUACUGGCCAGCAUUAAGGCUGAGAUCAGUACCUACUGGCCAGCAUUAAGGCUGAGAUCAGACUCCUACUGGCCAGCUUUAAGGCUGAGAUCAGUACCUACUGGCCAGCAUUAAGGCUGAGAUCAGUACCUACUGGCCAGCAUUAAGGCUGAGAUCAGUACCUACUGGCCAGCUUUAAGGCUGAGAUCAGACUCCUACUGGCCAGCUUUAAGGCUGAGAUCAGAUUCCUACUGGCCAGCUUUAAGGCUGAGAUCAGUACCUACUGGCCAGCAUUAAGGCUGAGAUCAGUACCUACUGGCCAGCAUUAAGGCUGAGAUCAGACUCCUACUGGCCAGCAUUAAGGCUGAGAUCAGUACCUACUGGCCAGCAUUAAGGCUGAGAUCAGUACCUUCUGGCCAGCAUUAAGGCUGAGAUCAGUACCUACUGGCCAGCUUUAAGGAUGAGAUCAGUACCUACUGUGAGUAUGAGGAGAAACCUACUGGCCAGCAUUAAGGCUGAGAUCAGUACCUACUGGCCAGCAUUAAGGCUGAGAUCAGAUUCCUACUCGCCAGCAUUAAGGCUGAGAUCAGUACCUACUGCCCAGCAUUAAGGCUGAGAUCAGUACCUACUGGCCAGCAUUAAGGCUGAGAUCAGUACCUACUGGCCAGCAUUAAGGCUGAGAUCAGACUCCUACUGGCCAGCAUUAAGGCUGAGAUCAGUACCUACUGGCCAGCAUUAAGGCUGAGAUCAGUACCUUCUGGCCAGCAUUAAGGCUGAGAUCAGUACCUACUGGCCAGCUUUAAGGAUGAGAUCAGUACCUACUGUGAGUAUGAGGAGAAACCUACUGGCCAGCAUUAAGGCUGAGAUCAGUACCUACUGGCCAGCAUUAAGGCUGAGAUCAGUACCUACUGGCCAGCAUUAAGGCUGAGAUCAGAUUCCUACUCGCCAGCAUUAAGGCUGAGAUCAGUACCUACUGCCCAGCAUUAAGGCUGAGAUCAGUACCUACUGGCCAGCAUUAAGGCUGAGAUCAGUACCUACUGGCCAGCAUUAAGGCUGAGAUCAGACUCCUACUGGCCAGCAUUAAGGCUGAGAUCAGUACCUACUGGCCAGCAUUAAGGCUGAGAUCAGUACCUACUGGCCAGCAUUAAGGCUGAGAUCAGUACCUACUGGCCAGCUUUAAGGCUGAGAUCAGACUCCUACUGGCCAGCUUUAAGGCUGAGAUCAGACUCCUACUGGCCAGCUUUAAGGCUGAGAUCAGUACCUACUGGCCAGCUUUAAGGCUGAGAUCAGUACCUACUGGCCAGCAUUAAGGCUGAGAUCAGUACCUACUGGCCAGCAUUAAGGCUGAGAUCAGACUCCUACUGGCCAGCUUUAAGGCUGAGAUCAGUACCUACUGGCCAGCAUUAAGGCUGAGAUCAGUACCUACUGGCCAGCAUUAAGGCUGAGAUCAGUACCUACUGGCCAGCUUUAAGGCUGAGAUCAGACUCCUACUGGCCAGCUUUAAGGCUGAGAUCAGAUUCCUACUGGCCAGCUUUAAGGCUGAGAUCAGUACCUACUGGCCAGCAUUAAGGCUGAGAUCAGUACCUACUGGCCAGCAUUAAGGCUGAGAUCAGACUCCUACUGGCCAGCAUUAAGGCUGAGAUCAGUACCUACUGGCCAGCAUUAAGGCUGAGAUCAGUACCUUCUGGCCAGCAUUAAGGCUGAGAUCAGUACCUACUGGCCAGCUUUAAGGAUGAGAUCAGUACCUACUGUGAGUAUGAGGAGAAACCUACUGGCCAGCAUUAAGGCUGAGAUCAGUACCUACUGGCCAGCAUUAAGGCUGAGAUCAGAUUCCUACUCGCCAGCAUUAAGGCUGAGAUCAGUACCUACUGGCCAGCAUUAAGGCUGAGAUCAGUACCUACUGGCCAGCAUUAAGGCUGAGAUCAGACUCCUACUGGCCAGCAUUAAGGCUGAGAUCAGUACCUACUGGCCAGCAUUAAGGCUGAGAUCAGUACCUACUGGCCAGCAUUAAGGCUGAGAUCAGUACCUACUGUGAGUAUGAGUAGAAACCUACACUGGUGCUGACAGUCUUAGUGGAAUGCAUAUACACUCUCACAUAUCUACAGCAUUUUAGUAAUUUAGCAGAUGCUCUUAUCCAGAGAGACUUACAGUUGGUGCAUUCAUCUUCAGAUAGCUAGGUGGGACAACCACAUAUCCCAGGCAGUCAGAGCUAGUAGAACAAGACUAGUGCAAGUGUUACUUCAAGAAAGGCCAGGGAGUUAGUGUUUUUUUUGUACCCUAACACCCUCUUUCUCUUUUCGUAGAGAUGCUACAGCCGGUCUCAUAAGUACAUGUCAUUCAUAAUAGUAUUUCAGUUAUGUAAAUAUUUGAUUAACUUCAGUGAGCGUGUAGAUCGGGAGCUCAGAGAGAAAGAGUCCUCAGGAUCAAUGAUCAUGUAACACUGGGUUUAUGGGUACACAGAGGUUGAUUUAUCUUCCAUGGUUCUUCAGUGAGCGUGUAGAUCGGGAGCUCAGAGAGAAAGUGAAGAUUCGUUCUGACCUGGAGAAAGCAGAGAAGUUAAAAACCCAGCUGGCUACUGAGGUGGACGAGCAUCACUCUGCCAUCGAACGAAUGAAUGACCUCAACCUCAGGUAACACGCCACACACACACACACACACACACACACACACACACACACACACACACACACACACACACACACAGCAUCACUCUGCCAUCGGACGUAUGAAUGACCUCAACCUCAGGGAACACGCCACACACACAUUCACACACCUUCCUCUUCUAUGGGCCUAUGACCUUCCUCUUCUAUGGGCCUAUGACCUUCCUCUUCUAUGGGCCUAUGACCUUCCUCUUCUAUGGGCCUAUGACCUUCCUCUUCUAUGGGCCUAUGACCUUCCUCUUCUAUGGGCCUAUGACCUUCCUCUUCUUUGGGCCUAUGACCUUCCUCUUCUAUGGGCCUAUGACCUUCCUCUUCUUUGGGCCUAUGACCUUCCUCUUCUUUGGGCCUAUGACCUUCCUCUUCUAUGGGCCUAUGAUCUUCCUCUUCUAUGGGCCUAUGAUCUUCCUCUUCUAUGGGCCUAUGACCUUCCUCUUCUAUGGGCCUAUGACCUUCCUCUUCUAUGGGCCUAUGACCUUCCUCUUCUAUGGGCAUAUGACCUUCCUCUUCUUUGGGCCUAUGACCUUCCUCUUCUAUGGGCCUAUGACCUUCCUCUUCUAUGGGCCUAUGACCUUCCUCUUCUAUGGGCCUAUGACCUUCCUCUUCUAUGGGCCUAUGACCUUCCUCUUCUUUGGGCCUAUGACCUUCCUCUUCUAUGGGCCUAUGACCUUCCUCUUCUUUGGGCCUAUGACCUUCCUCUUCUAUGGGCCUAUGACCUUCCUCUUCUUUGGGCCUAUGACCUUCCUCUUCUAUGGGCCUAUGACCUUCCUCUUCUAUGGGCCUAUGACCUUGUCUCUCCAGACAUUGAUGUCUGUUUACUGUUGUUGUGUAGAGAAUAUUACUUGUAAACUAACCAUUACCUCUGGGGAAAAAUAGAGGGGAUAAAUUGCAUUUAAUUGAAUGAAAUAUAAUUGCCUCCUCUGUCUCUGUGUGUGUAUUGUAGAAAGCUGGAGCAGGAACACAGGGAGAAGCUGGUGUCUGUCAGGUCGGAGCUCAUUAGAGAGAUGGACCAGAUACAGCAGCAGGCUGGUCUGCAGAGAGAGGAACUGGAGGCAGAGAUGGAGAAGAUCAGAGACGACGAGACCUUCCUCAGAGACCACCUCUCACUCACUGUCAAGGUAACCCAACACAGACCACCUCUCACUCACUGUCAAGGUAACUAACACAGAACACCUCUCACUCACUGUCAAGGUAACUAACACAGAACACCUCUCACUCACUGUCAAGGUAACUAACACAGAACACCUCUCACUCGCUGUCAAGGUAACUAACACAGACCACCUCUCACUCACUGUCAAGGUAACUAACACAGACCACCUCUCACUCACUGUCAAGGUAACUAACACAGACCACCUCUCACUCACUGUCAAGGUAACUAACACAGACCACCUCUCACUAGCUGUCAAGGUAACCCAACACAGACCACCUCUCACUCACUGUCAAGGUAACUAACACAGACCAUCUCUCACUCACUGUCAAGGUAACUAACACAGACCAUCUCUCACUCACUGUCAAGGUAACUAACACAGAACACCUCUCACUCACUGUCAAGGUAACUAACACAGAACACCUCUCACUCACUGUCAAGGUAACUAACACAGACCACCUCUCACUAGCUGUCAAGGUAACCCAACACAGACCACCUCUCACUCACUGUCAAGGUAACUAACACAGACCAUCUCUCACUCACUGUCAAGGUACUAACACAGAACACCUCUCACUCACUGUCAAGGUAACUAACACAGAACACCUCUCACUCACUGUCAAGGUAACUAACACAGACCACCUCUCACUCACUGUCAAGGUAACUAACACAGACCACCUCUCACUCACUGUCAAGGUAACUAACACAGAACACCUCUCACUCGCUGUCAAGGUAACUAACACAGACCACCUCUCACUCACUGUCAAGGUAACUAACACAGACCACCUCUCACUCGCUGUCAAGGUAACUAACACAGAACACCUAUCACUCACUGUCAAGGUAACUAACACAGACCACCUCUCACUCACUGUCAAGGUAACUAACACAGACCACCUCUCACUAGCUGUCAAGGUAACCCAACACAGACCACCUCUCACUCACUGUCAAGGUAACUAACACAGAACACCUCUCACUCACUGUCAAGGUAACUAACACAGACCACCUCUCACUCACUGUCAAGGUAACUAACACAGAACACCUCUCACUCGCUGUCAAGGUAACUAACACAGACCACCUCUCACUCACUGUCAAGGUAACUAACACAGAACACCUCUCACUCACUGUCAAGGUAACUAACACAGACCACCUCUCACUAGCUGUCAAGGUAACCCAACACAGACCACCUCUCACUCACUGUCAAGGUAACUAACACAGACCACCUCUCACUCACUGUCAAGGUAACUAACACAGACCACCUCUCACUCACUGUCAAGGUAACUAACACAGACCACCUCUCACUCACUGUCAAGGUAACUAACACAGACCACCUCUCACUAGCUGUCAAGGUAACCCAACACAGACCACCUCUCACUCACUGUCAAGGUAACUAACACAGACCAUCUCUCACUCACUGUCAAGGUACUAACACAGAACACCUCUCACUCACUGUCAAGGUAACUAACACAGAACACCUCUCACUCACUGUCAAGGUAACUAACACAGACCACCUCUCACUCACUGUCAAGGUAACUAACACAGAACACCUCUCACUAGCUGUCAAGGUAACUAACACAGACCAUCUCUCACUCACUGUCAAGGUAACUAACACAGACCACCUCUCACUCACUGUCAAGGUAACUAACACAGAACACCUCUCACUAGCUGUCAAGGUAACUAACACAGAACACCUCUCACUCACUGUCAAGGUAACUAACACAGAACACCUCUCACUAGCUGUCAAGGUAACUAACACAGAACACCUCUCACUCACUGUCAAGGUAACUAACACAGAACACCUCUCACUAGCUGUCAAGGUAACUAACACAGAACACCUCUCACUCACUGUCAAGGUAACAGCAACUACAAUCGGAACUGUAUGUUUGUGAAUAUUGUUUGAUGUACCUAAAUAGCAGGGAAACAAAUGGAAAGAAAGUUCCACUGUUGCCAAAUAGAUUGCAGUGAUGCUCUAAAUCACGUGUCAAACUCAUUCAAACUCUUUGUACUUGAUUGAUGAAUUAAUGUCACUAAUUAGUAAGGAACUCCCCUCACCUGGUUGUCUAGGUCUUAGUAAGGAACUCCCCUCACCUGGUUGUCUAAGGCUUAGUAAGGAACUCCCCUCACCUGGUUGUCUAAGGCUUAGUAAGGAACUCCCCUCACCUGGUUGUCUAAGGCUUAGUAAGGAACUCCCCUCACCUGGUUGUCUAAGGCUUAGUAAGGAACUCCCCUCACCUGGUUGUCUAAGGGCUUAGUAAGGAACUCCCCUCACCUGGUUGUCUAGGGCUUAGUAAGGAACUCCCCUCACCUGGUUGUCUAAGGCUUAGUAAGGAACUCCCCUCACCUGGUUGUCUAGGGCUUAGUAAGGAACUCCCCUCACCUGGUUGUCUAAGGCUUAGUAAGGAACUCCCCUCACCUGGUUGUCUAGGGCUUAGUAAGGAACUCCCCUCACCUGGUUGUCUAGGGCUUAGUAAGGAACUCCCCCUCACCUGGUUGUCUAAGGCUUAGUAAGGAACUCCCCUCACCUGGUUGUCUAGGGCUUAGUAAGGAACUCCCCUCACCUGGUUGUCUAAGGCUUAGUAAGGAACUCCCCUCACCUGGUUGUCUAGGGCUUAGUAAGGAACUCCCCUCACCUGGUUGUCUAGGGCUUAGUAAGGAACUCCCCUCACCUGGUUGUCUAGGUCUUAGUAAGGAACUCCCCUCACCUGGUUGUCUAGGUCUUAGUAAGGAACUCCCCUCACCUGGUUGUCUAGGUCUUAGUAAGGAACUCACCUCACCUGGUUGUCUAGGUCUUAGUAAGGAACUCCCCUCACCUGGUUGUCUAGGUCUUAGUAAGGAACUCCCCUCACCUGGUUGUCUAGGUCUUAGUAAGGAACUCCCCUCACCUGGUUGUCUAGGUCUUAGUAAGGAACUCCCCUCACCUGGUUGUCUAGGUCUUAGUAAGGAACUCCCCUCACCUGGUUGUCUAGGUCUUAGUAAGGAACUCCCCUCACCUGGUUAUCUAGGGCUUAGUAAGGAACUCCCUUCACCUGGUUGUCUAAGGCUUAGUAAGGAACUCCCCUCACCUGGUUGUCUAAGGCUUAAUUGAAAGGAAAAACCUAAAAUCCACACAGACACUCGGCCCUCCAUGGAAUGCGUUUGACACCCCUGGUCUAAAUCAGCUGCUCAGGAGAGUAGAAAUCGGGACAUACACUGAUUGGACAAAACAUUAAGAACACCUGCUCUUUCCAUGACAGACUGACCAGGUGAAUCCAGGUGAAAGCUAUGAUCCCUUAUUGAUGUCACCUGUUAAAUCCACUUCAAUCAGUGUAGAUGAAGGGGAGGAGACAGGUUGAAGAAGGAUUUUUAAGCCUUGAGACAUGAGGCUCGGUAAUGGGAGGAAAUGGCGACUGUGCUUGAAUCCGAAAGUGCGGCAAGUGAAGUGUGUGACAAUGAACGGAAAAUAGUGAAAUCAAAGAAUGGAGCAAAACGACCAAAAGUUGUAGUAGAAGACAAGGACCGGUCCCAUAAUGCAUUCCUUAUUGGACUGCGUUUUUUGGACAAGGACGGUCAUUUGGGAAAUCCAUUUGUAAUAUCGAGGACUGUGAAGAAAGCAGUGUGUCAAGAACCAGUGCGUCUUGGCAGGGUCGUGUUUCGGAGGACGCGUGGCUCUCGACCUUCGCCUCUCCCGAGUCCGUAGGGGAGUUGCAGCGAUGGGACAAGACUGUAACCACCAAUUUGGAAAUCACGAAAUUGGGGAGAAAAGGGGGUAAAAGUACAAAAACACAAAAAAACAUUUGCCCGUAUGGUAAAUAGAAGGAGAAAAGCCUGUCGAUAGUGUUGUUGUUUGAGGAGACUCUACCUGAAUAUGUAAAGCUUGGAUAUGUGAGGUAUGCGGUGAGAGCAUUUGUGACCAAACCAUUACAGUGUGGAAAUUGUAAAGGAUAUGGUGACGUGUCAAAUGUUUGCAGACGGGAGAAGUAUAAUAUUGAAGAAUCUGUGAAUGGAAAAUGUUGCAGCUGUAGUGGGGAUCAUACUCCGGACUUCCCUGAGUGCCCUGUCAGGGUGAAGGAGGUCGAGGUGUCAAGGAUCAGGGCUGAGCAGCGGAUCUCCUAUGUGGAGGCGGUGAAGAGAGUCGAAAGGGGCAAGAGGCAACAGUGUUGGAGAUAUGGCGGUGGACGCAUUGCAUCCAGUUGCUAGUGUUUUCAGUCAAUCGUGUGAUCUGGAUACACUCAUUGUGAAGAAGGUGGAUUUUGUGGCAUUUAUAGCCACAGUGAUUAAUUGUACAGCACCAACUGUCAAAGAAGCUGGAUAUCAUUAUAUCUGCAGCCGAUACGUUUUUGGGGCUCCAAGACUGCACGGCAGAAGCACUACAAGGACUUUUGUCGCUAGGAAAUGUCCCGCCCACACUGGAGGCUUCUGAGCAUGUGUUUGGACCUGAUUAGAAUUAGGUUUUUACAGAAAAGCAGGUUGAUUUUGUUGGUUAACUUAUUUUUUGGUAGUUAGUAUGGUAUUUAAUUUUUUCCUUUUUUGGGGGAACCUUAUUAUCCACCCGCACAGUAGGUGGCGGAAUGCACAUUUUCAUUGUUGCGAAUUCCAUUAUACCAUAGAAGAAGAAGACAUGAUUGUGUAUACGUGCCAUUCAGAUGGUGAAUGGAAAAAAACAAGAUUUAAGUGCCUUUGAACGGGGUACGGUAGUAGGUGCCAGGGGCACCGGUUUUUGUCAAGAAUUGCAACGCUGCUGGGUUUUUCACGCUCAACAGUUUCCCGUGUGUAUCAAGAAUGGUCCACCACCCAAAGGACAUCCAGCCAACUUGACACACCUGUGGGAAGCAUUGGAGUCAACAUGGGCCAGCAUCCCUGUGGAAUGCUUUCGACACCUUGUAGAGUCCAUGACCCAACGAAUUGAGGCGGUUCUGAGGGGGGGGGGGGUGCAACUCAAACUCAAUAUUAGGAAGGUGUUCCUAAUGUUUGGUGUACUCAGUGUAGAGCUGGUGAACAGCACUGAGAAACUGGUGAUCUGUCUCUCUAACUCUAACCCUCAACUCUAACCCUCAACUCUAACCCUCAACUCUAACUCUAACCCUCAACUCUAACCCUCGACUCUAACCCUCGACUCUAACCCUCGACUCUAUCCCUCGACUCUAACCCUCGACUCUAACCCUCAACUCUAACCCUCGACUCUAACUCUAACCCUCGACUCUAACCCUCGACUCUAACCCUCGACUCUAACCCUCGACUCUAACCCUCGACUCUAACCCCGACUCUAACCCUCGACUCUAACCCUCAACUCUAACUCUAACCCUCAACUCUAACCCUCAACUUUAACUCUAACCCUCAACUCUAACUCUAACCCUCAACUCUAACUCUAACCCUCAACUCUAACUCUAACCCUCAACUCUAACCCUCAACUCUAACUCUAACCCUCAACUCUAACCCUCAACUUUAACUCUAACCCUCAACUCUAACUCUAACCCUCAACUCUAACUCUAACCCUCAACUCUAACUCUAACCCUCAACUCUAACUCCAACCCUCAACUCUAACUCCAACCCUCAACUCUAACUCCAACCCUCAACUCUAACUCUAACCCUCAACUCUAACCCUCGACUCUAACUCCAACCCUCAACUCUAACCCUCAACUCUAACUCUAACCCUCAACUCUAACCCUCGACUCUAACUCCAACCCUCAACUCUAACUCCAACCCUCAACUCUAACUCCAACCCUCAACUCUAACUCUAACCCUCGACUCUAACUCCAACUCUAACUCCAACCCUCGACUCUAACUCCAACCCUCAGGAAAGUAGGCGUCUGGAGAUGGAGCUGCUGGACAGCACUGAGAAACUGGUGGAGGCAGAAAACCAGGUCAGCAAGCUGCAGAGGAACCUGGAUAACAUCCUGAAGGAAAAGGUGAAAGACCAUUCUCUUCUACAGUAUUGAUAUUAACUUUCACACUUAACAAAAGUCUAAAAGAACACGUUUCAGGCUAGCAUCUUCUGAAGAGUAAUACGGAGCGGUCCAAAGUAAUCUCAUGUCACAUGUUUUUCCAUUUCAUAUUCAGUGCUUAUACACUGCUGUUCGUCAGCAAUUAUCUUGAGAGAUUCAGUACUGGCUUAUGGCUAUAUGAAUGAGGAUCUAUCUGAAGUACAAGUAUCUGUCCCUAAGAAUCCCUUGGUGUUGGUUCUGUUUGCUCAGUUUGGGGACCUGGACCCAGGCAGUGCAGAGUUCUUCCUACAGGAGGAGCAUCUCAGACGGCUACGCAGCAGCUAUGAAGAACAGUGCCGGGUAAGAACGCUUACUGGAAACAGACGUAGACUAACAGUGAAAUGCUAACUGACGGGUCCUUUUCCCACAAUGCAGUUCAAGAUAAAAUAACAAUAAAGAGUAUAAAAAAAAUAACACUGGUACCGAGUCCAUGUGCAGGGGUACCAGGUAAUAACAUGUCUAUCAGGGAGUACCGGUACCGAGUCCAUGUGCAGGGGUACCAGGUAUUUGAGGUAGAUAUGUACAUAUAGGUAGGGGUAAAGUGACUAGGCAACAGGAUAGAUAAUAGACAGUAGCAGCAGUAUACUGUAGGUAGGGGUAAAGUGACUAGGCAACAGGAUAGAUAAUAGACAGUAGCAGCAGUAUACUGUAGGUAGGGGUAAAGUGACUAGACAACAGGAUACAUUUACAUUUUACAUUUUAGUCAUUUAGCAGACGCUCUUAUCCAGAGCGACUUACAGUUAGUGAAUACAUAUUUUUUUUAUACUGCCCCCCCGUGGGAAUCGAACCCACAACCCUGGCGUUGCAAACGCCAUGCUCUAUCAACUGAGCUACAUCCCUACCGGCCAUUCCCUCCCCUACCCUGGACGACGCUGGGCCAAUUGUGCGCCGCCCAUGAGUCUCCCGGUCGCGGCCGGCUGCGACAGAGCCUGGAUUCGAACCAGGAUCUCUAGUAGCACAGUUAGCACUGCGAUGCAGUGCCUUAGACCACUGCGCCACUCAGGAGACAUACAUCUAUAGGAUAGAUAAUAGACAGUAGCAGCAGUAUACUGUAGGUAGGGGUAAAGUGACUAGACAACAGGAUAGAUAAUAGACAGUAACAGCAGUAUACUGUAGGUAGGGGUAAAGUGACUAGACAACAGGAUAGAUAAUAGACAGUAGCAGCAGUAUACUGUAGGUAGGGGUAAAGUGACUAGACAACAGGAUAGAUAAUAGACAGUAGCAGCAGUAUACUGUAGGUAGGGGUAAAGUGACUAGACAACAGGAUAGAUAAUAGACAGUAGCAGCAGUAUACUGUAGGUAGGGGUAAAGUGACUAGACAACAGGAUAGAUAAUAGACAGUAGCAGCAGUAUACUGUAGGUAGGGGUAAAGUGACUAGACAACAGGAUAGAUAAUAGACAGUAACAGCAGUAUACUGUAGGUAGGGGUAAAGUGACUAGACAACAGGAUAGAUAAUAGACAGUAGCAGCAGUAUACUGUAGGUAGGGGUAAAGUGACUAGACAACAGGAUAGAUAAUAGACAGUAGCAGCAGUAUACUGUAGGUAGGGGUAAAGUGACUAGACAACAGGAUAGAUAAUAGACAGUAACAGCAGUAUACUGUAGGUAGGGGUAAAGUGACUAGGCAACAGGAUAGAUAAUAGACAGUAGCAGCAGUAUACUGUAGGUAGGGGUAAAGUGACUAGACAACAGGAUAGAUAAUAGACAGUAGCAGCAGUAUACUGUAGGUAGGGGUAAAGUGACUAGACAACAGGAUAGAUAAUAGACAGUAGCAGCAGUAUACUGUAGGUAGGGGUUAAAGGGACUAGACAACAGGAUAGAUAAUAGACAGUAGCAGCAGUAUACUGUAGGUAGGGGUAAAGUGACUAGACAACAGGAUAGAUAAUAGACAGUAACAGCAGUAUACUGUAGGUAGGGGUAAAGUGACUAGGCAACAGGAUAGAUAAUAGACAGUAGCAGCAGUAUACUGUAGGUAGGGGUAAAGUGACUAGACAACAGGAUAGAUAAUAGGCAAUAGCAGCAGCGUGUGUGUGUAUGGAUGUAGUGUGUGUGUAUGGAUGUAGUGUGUGUGUGUGUAUGUAGUGUAUGUGUAUGUAGUGUAUGUGUGUGUAUGUGUAUGUAGUGUGUGUGUGUGUGUGUGUGUGUGUAUGUAGUGUGUGUGUGUGUGUGUGUAUGUAGUGUGUGUGUGUGUGUGUAUGUAGUGUGUGUGUGUGUAUGUCGUGUGUGUGUGUGUGUGUAUGUAGUGUGUGUAUGUCGUGUGUGUGUGUGUGUGUGUGUGUGUGUGUAUGUAGUGUGUGUGUGUAUGUCGUGUGUGUGUGUAUGUAUGUAGUGUAUGUAGUGUAUGUAGUGUGUGUGUGUAUGUAGUGUGUGUCAUUGCAGGUAGUCCAGGACUCCAAUUAGCUAUUUAGCAGUCUGUGUGUGUGGCGUCAAUAUGCGUGUGUGUUGGGGUGUAAGUGAGUGUGUGUGUGGGUAGAGUCCAGUGUGUGUGUGUGUGGGGGUAGAGUCCAGUGCAAGAGUUAGUGCAAAAACAACACACACACGGUGCAGUGCCAGGUAAUAGCUCUCACUGGAACCAAUCAAUCAACCAAUCAAUAAAACAAUCAAUCCAUCAACCAACUGUAACCACCUGUUAACCGUUUCAGACAGAGUGCACUUACAAAGAUAAAUUGCCAUGUUUUAAAUACUGGUAUUUCUGUUUUUAAAUACUAAUAUUUCUGUUUUGAUUGGUGGUGAACGUGUGCGAGGCAGGCGCUGCAGGAUCGCAUCGAUGAGCUUCAAGCAGAGCUUCAGGAGUACCACAACUUGGGCCGCACCUCUCAGCCCUGUCUCAAACCCUCUCUCUCUGAGGACCUGGAGAGCAAGAGUCCUGGCGUGGAGUCAGACCCAGGUACGUAGAAAUACAAAAAAAAACAUUUAAUCAAAUGUAUUUUAUAAAGCCCUUUUCGCAUCAGCAGUUUUGACAAAGGGCUUUACCGAUACCCGGCCUAAAACUCCAAAGAGCGAUGCGGAGGCAGAAAUAGAACACAACGUAGGUUCCAUUCCAAAUGUCACCCUGUGGCGGUAAGUAUCACUGUAAAAAAGGAGUAGAAUACAGCCACUAUCAUAUCCCCGCACCCAUAUCCCAUCCUCUCUGAAAGCCAUCCAAUAUACAGUGUUUAGGGGGGAUCUGUUUUGAGCAAGGCAAGAUGGAGAAUCGCUAAAUCUUGAUCACUUAAUGAGUAGUUAUUUGGGAUGCAAGGUGAUAUGUAGAUCAGUGAUUCUGGCUGGUCAACUGCAAGUUAGUCAAAGAAGCACAUUGAUUAGCUGAGGAACAGGAGAGAGACAGAGAGCACACCAUUAUCUUGUUAGUUGUUCUUGGACUCCAUCCUCAUCUGUCAUCCUUCCAGUACAGCCAGGAGAGGACUGGCCACCCCUCAGAGCCUGGUUCCUCUCUACCCAGUACAGCCAGUAGAGGACUGGUCACCCCUCUGAGCCUGGUUCCUCUCUACCCAGUACAGCCAGAAGAGGACUGGCCACCCCUCAGAGCCUGGUUCCUCUCUAGGUUUCUUCCUAGGUUCCUGCCUUCAAGGGAGUUUUUCCUAGCCACUGUAUUUGUAUUUAUUAUGGAUCCCCAUUAGUUCCUGCCAAGGCAGCAGCUACUCUUCCUGGGGUUUUAUUAUGGAUCCACAUUAGUUCCUGCCAAGGCAGCAGCUACUCUUCCUGGGGUUUAUUAUGGAUCCCCAUUAGUUCCUGCCAAGGCAGCAGCUACUCUUCCUAGGGUUUAUUAUGGAUCCCCAUUAGUUCCUGCCAAGGCAGCAGCUACUCUUCCUGGGGUUUAUUAUGGAUCCCCCUUAGUUCCUGCCAAGGCAGCAGCUACUCUUCCUGGGGUUUAUUAUGGAUCGUCAUUAGUUCCUGCCAAGGCAGCAGCUACUCUUCCUGGGGUCCAGCAAAAUUAAGGCAGUUAUACAAUUUAAAAAACAUUACAAAACAUUCAUUACAGAAUUCACAACACACUAAGGCACACAGUGCCUGUGCCUGUGUUUGUGUUGCUUCACAGUCCCCGCUGUUCCAUAAGGUGUAUUUUUAUCUGUUUUUUAAAAUCUGAUUCUACUGCUUGCAUCAGUUACCUGAUGUGGAAUAGAGUUCCAUGUAGUCAUGGCUCUAUGUAGUACUGUGCGCCUCCCAUAGUCUGUUCUGGACUUGGGGGACUGUGAAGAGACCUCUGGUGGCACUGUGAUUCUGCUUCUGCAUUGACUGCUCUUUGGGGUUUUAGGCUGGGAAUCUGUAUAGCACUUUGUGACAACUGCUGAUUUUUAAAAAGGGCUUUAUAAAAUAAGUUUGAUUUAUUGAGCGUCUCCAGGUCUAGGCUCGGAGGAGGGCCAGCCGUUGUUCAACAUGAGCCUGGAGGCAGAGAUGAUGCUGGAACGGCUGAAAGAGAAGCACCUCCGAGAGAUGGAGGAUCUACAGGCUCGGCUGGAGAGCAAGGUGAGAGAUUUAAUAUUCACAUUUACAUUUUUAGUCAUUUAUCAGACGCUCUUAUCCAGAGCGACUUACAGUUAGUGAGUGCAUCAAUUUUUUUUCAUACUGGCCCCCCCCCCCCCCCGUGGGAAUCGAACCCACAACCCUGGCGUUGCAAGCGCCGUCCUCUACCAACUGAGCUACAGGGGGGCCUGUAUCUAGCAGUUGGAUAUCUAGCAGUUGGAUAUCUAGCAGUUGGAUAUCUAGCAGUUGAAUAUCUAGCAGUUGGAUAUCUAGCAGUUGGAUAUCUAGCAGUUGGAUAUCUAGCAGUGUUUCAACAGUAUUCCUAAAGCACUCCAUCAUACUUCACUGUGCCACGUUUUUUUUAUUUUAUUUUUUUUAUGCCAUUUAGCAGACUCUUUUAUCCAAAGCGACUUACAGUCAUGCGUGCAUACAUUUUUGUGUAUGGGUGGUCCCGGGGAUCGAACCCACUACCUUGGCGUUACAAGCGCCGUGCUCUACCAGCUGAGCUACAGAGGACGUUUACCUUCUCAGAGAUUUGAUGUAGCUAGAUGGGGCGGUCCCACUCCUGUAGUAGAGGAAGACGAGGACGGGUCAAAGGGCUGUGGGUCGGAUUCAAACCCACGCUGCUCUAACCGUUGGACCUCACAGACCACACUGUGCCAUGUUUUUGUCCCAGAGAUGGAUCUGAUACAGCCAGAUUUCCUUUUUCCCCGUGUCAUUGCAGGUGAGUGAGUUUGACCAGAAGGUGGAGGAGCAGAAGGCAGACCUGGAGGCCCAGAAGGCAGCCUUGUCCCUGCAGUACCUGGAGGAGAUCCAGGUGUGUGCACACGUAUGAUUGUAUAUUUUGCUACUGCAGUUUAUAACACACUGUAAAUGCAAUCUUUGAGUCGUGAAUACACUGUUUUAUAAGGUAAUGUGGGCUGGGCAUCCUGAAGACGCAAUACACUUUAAUAACCUCCUCCAGGCACUACGAGGGGAGAUGUCCGGCAUCCAGAACCGAGCCCUGGAGCUCCAGGCCCAGGUAGAGAAUGCUGAGGAGGAGCGGGCCUGUCUGGAGCAGAGACAGGCAGGGGUGCUGGAGGAGCUGGAGCACCAGCAGGAGCAGGAGGUGAGGGGCUUUUGUGUGGCUCAUUUGGUAAGGGCAUGGAGCUAGCGACGCCAGCGGCGUGGGUUCGAUUCCAACAGUAUGAAAGUGUAUGCACUCGCUGAAGUAAGUCCCUUUUUUUUUUUUUUUUUAUAAAAGCAUCUGCCAAAUGGCAUAUAUGUAACUAUUCCCCAGGUCGUUGCUGUAAAUGAGAAUGUGUUUUCAGUCAACUUACCUGGUAAAAUAAUAAUGAAUAAAAUAAUAAAUGAAUAAAAUAAUACAUUAAAUAUAUAUAUAUAUAUAUAUAUUAUUCUAUUAGGUGAGCAGCCUGAGACAGGAGCUCCUGGAGGCUCACAUCCAGGCUUCUGCCCUGGAGGAGCAGCUGAAAGUCCUGGAGGCCCAACAAGCGGAGGCCGAGCUGGGCGUGGACACGGAGAUGCGGGAACUGAGGAAACUUCACGCCUUGGAACUCAACAAGCUGGACGAGCAGCACGACAAGAUCCUUCAGGUCAGGCUGGAAGAAGAGCGAGGGAAGCUCCGCGAGGAGACGGCAAAGGUGGAGAGGAGGCUGUCAGAGGAGUGGGAGAGGGAGAAGGUGGAGUUACAGCGGAGCCACGAGGAGGCGGUGAAGGCUAGGAUAGAGGAGGUGGAGAGGAGGCUGUCGGAGGAGUGGGAGAGGGAGAAGGCGGAGUUACAGCGGAGCCACGAGGAGGCGGUGAAGGCCAGGAUAGAGGAGGUGAGUUUGAAGUUCCAGGCAGAGCGAGAGGAGUCGGAGAUGCGACUAACGGAGGAGUGGGAGAGGGAGAAGGCGGAGUUACAGCGGAGCCACGAGGAGGCGGUGAAGGCUAGGAUAGAGGAGUUAGAGAUGCGACUAACGGAGGAGUGGGAGAGGGAGAAGGUGGAGUUACAGCGGAGCCACGAGGAGGUGGUGAAGGCUAGGAUAGAGGAGGUGGAGAGGAGGCUGUCAGAGGAGUGGGAGAGGGAGAAGGUUCAGCUGGAUGAGCAGAGUAACGCGUCGCUCCAGACCAUGUUAGAGGAUGAGAUGUUGCGUCUAGUCGAGGAGCAGGAGGGUAGGGAGAGCCGUCUCGCCGAGCAGUGGGAGCUGGAACGAGUUCAGCUCCAGGAGUGUCAGGAGGAGGCUCUCCUCACCCGGUUGGCAGAGGAGAAGCUGAAGCAGCAGGAGGAGACGGAGAGGAGGCUCAGGGAGGACUGGGACAGGGAGAGACUCCAGCUGGAGAAGGACUAUGAGGGGAUGCUCCAGGAGCGGCUGCAGGAGGACAGGGAGAGGCUGGCGGGGGAGAAGGAGGAGCUGGAGAAGAGGCUGGAGCAGAUGAUGGAGGAGGAGAAGGAGUGCCUGGAGGAGGCCCACAGACAGGCUGUGCAGGAACUAAGUGCCAAACACAGCGAGGAGAGGGAACAGCUCAGCGGUCUGCUGGAUAAACUGCGGGAGGAUAUCGCUGAGGAAAGGUAAGACUGCUUAACUGUAAUGAAAUCAGCUUAUGUGUAAAAUUUCUGUUCUUAAAUGGUCCCAGCAUUGUCCAUGAAAACCUUAACCAUAUUUACUUAAUGUAGUGAACCACUUGAGAAUUGUAACUACAGCUAUGCUAAGAAAGUAGAUUUAGGUGAGUAUUUCUGAGGGUGUGGGAACUGUGGUCCAUAACUCUUGCUGAUUAACAAUGUACAGGAAAGAACUAGAGAGCCACUUCUCCCAGAAAAUCAGGGAGGUGGAGGCCCGGUUCUCAGGCGACCAGGACGCUGUCGCAGAGCGCUUCCAGACCGACGUUUCCAACCUGGAGACGCACUAUCAGAGCGAGCUGAAGGCACUCACCGAGAGCCACGCUGAGCAGAAAACCAAAUGGGACAAGGAGACGGAGGAAGCCCUUCAGGAAGCUGAAGAGCAGAGGAGAGUUCUGCAGGAAACCAUGGAACAAGAGAGGGAGACCAUCACCCAGGACCUGGUGAAAGAGAGGGAGCUGCUAGAGAGUGUCCAUAAGGAAGAGAUGGAUGCAUUGGUCGCGAAGAACCAGGAACUCCAAAAGGAGCUGGAGAGUUUCAUCAGUUUAGCCCAGACCAAAGAGAUCGAGCUGAGUAGGCAGCUGAACGAUCUUCACAAUAGGCUGCAGGAGAACCUGGACACGAAAGACGAGCUUCUGGCCCAGUCUGAGAACAAAGCCCGGGAGAUGGAGCUUCUGCUGAACCAGGCAGUGGAGGACUUCAAGCAGGAGAGGGCAGAACUUCAGGGAAGCCUUUCUGAAUUAGAGGCAAGGCACUCCAUGGCUGAGAAGCAUCUUGAGGAGAGGUGUGAGCUGCUCUCAGAACGUGAUGACCUGAAGUUGAAGAUCAAAGAACUGGAGAAGCUCCUGAGACAGGUGGCGGUGGACUUUCAGUUUGAGAGACUGGAGCUGCAAGAGAACGUCUCAGACCUGGAACUGAAGCUGAAGGAGAGCCGUCCUUCCUCUGACCUGCAGGACAAUGAGAAAGGAGAGCUUCUGGCCGAGAGAGACCAGCUUAGUAUUAGGAUUCAGGAAAUCGAGAACGAGCUCAACCAACUUCUAGAAUCUGCAGACAUAACAGAGAACAAAGAAAUGGACGAAUCAAAUGAAGUAAAUUUACCACUGCUAGGAGAGGAACAUCUAGAGGCUGCAGCUCUUGAAGAACAAGAAGUAUUUUCAGAAAACCUUACCGUUAGUGAUGAGACAUGUGACGACGUUGUUCCAGAGGACUGUGAAGGCCUUGACGUAGCUCCUGUGGAGCAGGGACCAAACGAUGAAGUUGAGAUUAUUACUGAAUCACCUCAUGAGAUGGAGAGUUCUGAAAACAUCAUUGCAGAAGUCUGUGAUCAAGAAAUACCUGUUACCUCAGACAACCUGAAUGUCUUAGUAGAGGCAUCUGACACCUCUGGCGAACAAGGACAAGAUGACGAAGUGGAGAUGAUCCCUGAAACUCCAAAUAGGUUACAGGAAUGUCCUGAAGACACCAUAACUCUUCAUCUUGAUGGGGCGUGUUAUGAUGAAACUACUGUGGGCGACGGCCAAGACCCUGUGGUCGAAUCUGUUGCAGUUGGGGAGCAAGCACAAGAUGGCGACACUAGUGAGGGAGGGAUGACUCCUGAAUCUUCUGAGGACAUUGAGGUAUGUCCUGAAAACAUUAUCAGUGUUGAGGCAUGCAACGGUGAAGUCGCUGCUAUUCCAGAAGAAUGCCAAGAACUUGUUGAGGAAUCCCCUGAAUUCCAAGGUCAGGAUGUGGACAACAUGGACGAAGACACUAACGAUGACAUGGUAGUGUUGUCCAUUCCAGAGGAGCAACCUCAAAGUGACGACGUUGAUGGAGAUGUCUGUCUCUCUGAGAUGAAGUGUGAAGUCUCUUCCCCUGAUAAAAUGGAACAGAAUGAUGCUGGUGUAGAAGAAACUGGUUUUGAUGAUAAGCCUGAAGAGGAGGAACUUCAAAAUCAUCUGUUCAAUGAAGAAGUACAGGGUUAUGUGUCUCUGGUUGUCUCUUCAGCCCUAGAGGAGAUAGGUCAUGACACUGAGAAAGAGGCUGUGGAACUGAUUCCUCAGCUGCAGCAGAAGUGUGAAGAGGCAGUGAAGGAGCGAGACGCCUGUGAGAUCACGGAGCUCCGGGAGCAAGUCGGUCAGUUCCAGAGCGAGGCCAGUCGUCUGGCUCGGCUACAGAGCCACUAUGACACUGCUGCUGAGGAGAACCUGGCGCUACAGCAGAAGAUCUCAGAGCUUCAGCAGAAGACUGACGCACUGGAGAGUCUUACAGCAGAGAACGGUGGAAAUACAGCUUCCGAUCAGCAAUCUUUAGAGGAAAACGACACCCUCAGUGCUCAGGCCAAAGAGAUCAAGGUGAUGUCUUCGGAUAUGGCCGCGCUUCAGAUCAGAUACGAGGAGUGCAUCUGUGAAAACGCCAAGCUGGAGGAACAGAACUGUCGACUGGAGAAGAGAGUUCUGGGCCUCGAGAGCAAAAUGCACAUCAUCCAAGACUUCCAGGAUCAGCAAGUAGCGUUGGUGGACGAGAUCACCAGGAUGAGAGAGGAGAACUGUAAGCUGACUGAUCUAGUCAGCGAGUUAGAGAGGCAGGAUGAGAUUCUCAUGGCUCUGCAGCUGGAGGCCGAGUCCGAGGAAGACGCCACCACAGAACAAGAACAAGAGUCCUUCCUGGACCUGAACUCCCAACUGGAGGCUAAGAUACAGGCUGUGUCGGAGCUGGAGGACUGCUGCACGGAGUUCGAGAAGCAGAACGCCAAGCUCCGCAGUGCCCUAACGGACCUGCAGGACAAGUCGCUGAGGAUACAUGAGAGGAUGCAGACCCAUAGGUAACUUGGAGGAGAUGUAUGAUCCCGUUACCAACCCUUUGCACCUGCUGCUUUCUUAAUCCCAUCCCUGCUGCCAUAUUGUGCUUGGCUUAUUAAUGCAACUUCCUCCAGCAACUUCCUCUAGCACCAGAAGUAGUGCUGUCACUGGCUGAUGCAACUUCCUGUGGCUCCAGAAGUAGUGCUGUCAUUGGCUAAUGCAACUUCCUGUGGCACCAGAAGUAGUGCUUUCAUUGGCUAAUGCAACUUCCUGUGGCACUAGAAGUAGUGCUUUCAUUGGCUAAUGCAACUUCCUGUGGCACCAGAAGUAGUGCUGUCAUUGGCUAAUGCAACUUCCUGUGGCACUAGAAGUAGUGCUUUCAUUGGCUAAUGCAACUUCCUGUGGCACCAGAAGUAGUGCUUUCAUUGGCUAAUGCAACUUCCUGUAGCACCAGAAGUAGUGCUUUCAUUGGCUAAUGCAACUUCCUGUGGCACCAGAAGUAGUGCUGUCACUGGCUUAUUAAUGUAACCUCCUGUAGCAGUGCUGUGACGUCUAUGUUCUGAAGUAGCUCUGCGAUGUCAAUCCUGUGACGUAAUCCAUCUUUCCAGUUCAGAAACUUGCAUGUGAAACAACAGCUACAACAACAGGCCAUGUUGUGGCCAUGCCACUGUACAAUCCCACCCUGUUCCUAUAGAAACAGCCAACUGUCCUGUCAUUGGUGCAUGUUUGUCUGUUUGUGGACUAUUAGAGCCCUCCGUUGAUGUAUGGAUUUCUGCUUUAUGAACACCUCAAUUCAUGGUUUUAUUCAAUUUACUUUUAUUUACUUAAUUUACUCUACAUUAACAACGUUUUUUAACAAAACUCUUAAACAUUAUGACUACAAAACAGGAACAAUGUGGUGCUGGUUGUGUUUUUUUUAAAAUCAGCUAGCAUAGUAUGACUGUAAGUCGCUUUGGAUAAAAGCGUCUGCUAAAUGGCAUAUUAUUAUUAUUAUUAUAGAGACUGAGGUCUUCUGUUGCCGACGUGGUUUCUUCUGUAGGAAUGAGGCAGGUCGUCUAGCAGAGGAGAACCUCAUACUCAGACACAAGAUCUCGAUGCUGAAGGAAGAGGACCUGAGAGAGACCCAGGAGGAGACACUGUAAGAAACAUUAUGCCAAUAUACAAUAUUGAAGCAUAUUCAGCCCCGGUCCCAGCAAUUUUGCCCGCCCCCACCCCACAAACAUUUCCUGGGAUUUCCUGUGGUGUUACUGUAUGGUAUAGGUUUCAUGUCGUUGGGUCAUAUGAAUUGGCACUUCCCUCUCCCCUACCUUAGCUUGAAACUGGAGCAUUUCAGGAAGGAGAAGAUUGCUGCACAAAAGAAGGCAGAGAGUUUCAAGAGACAGGUAAGACUGGAGUAAACCAACUCAAAUUUGACCCUGUAACUUGGUUCUAUACGGUGGGGGAAAAAAGUAUUUAGUCAGCCACCAAUUGUGCAAGUUCUCCCACUUAAAAAGAUGAGAGAGGCCUGUAAUUUUCAUCAUAGGUACACGUCAACUAUGACAGACAAAUUGAGAGAAAAAAAUCCAGAAAAUCACAUUGUAGGAUUUUUACUGAAUUUAUUUGCAAAUUAUGGUGGAAAAUAAGUAUUUGGUCACCUACAAACAAGCAAGAUUUCUGGCUCUCACAGACCUGUAACUUCUUCUUUAAGAGGCUCCUCUGUCCUCCACUCGUUACCUGUAUUAAUGGCACCAGUUUGAACUUGUUAUCAGUAUAAAAGACACCUGUCCACAACCUCAAACAGUCACACUCCAAACUCCACUAUGGCCAAAACCAAAGAGCUGUCAAAGGACACCAGAAACAAAAUUGUAGACCUGCACCAGGCUGGGAAGACUGAAUCUGCAAUAGGUAAGCAGCUUGGUUUGAAGAAAUCAACUGUGGGAGCAAUUAUUAGGAAAUGGAAGACAUACAAGACCACUGAUAAUCUCCCUCGAUCUGGGGCUCCACGUAAGAUCUCACCCCGUGGGGUCAAAAUGAUCACAAGAACGGUGAGCAAAAAUCCCAGAACCACACGGGGGGACCUAGUGAAUUACCUGCAGAGAGCUGGGACCAAAGUAACAAAGCCUACCAUCAGUAACACACUACGCCGCCAGGGACUCAAAUCCUGCAGUGCCAGACGUGUCCCCCUGCUUAAGCCAGUACAUGUCAAGGCCCGUCUGAAGUGUGCUAUAGUGCAUUUGGAUGAUCCAGAAGAGGAUUGGGAGAAUGUCAUAUGGUCAGAUGAAACCAAAAUAUAACUUUUUGGUAAAAACUCAACUCGUCGUGUUUGGAGGACAAAGAAUGCUGAGUUGCAUCCAAAGAACACCAUACCUACUGUGAAGCAUGGGGGUGGAAACAUCAUGCUUUGGGGCUGUUUUUCUGCAAAGGGACCAGGACGACUGAUCCGUGUAAAGGAAAGAAUGAAUGGGGUCAUGUAUCGUGAGAUUUUGAGUGAAAACCUCCUUCCAUCAGCAAGGGCAUUGAAGAUGAAACGUGGCUGGGUCUUUCAGCAUGACAAUGAUCCCAAACACACCGCCCGGGCAACGAAGGAGUGGCUUCGUAAGAAGCCUUUCAAGGUCCUGGAGUGGCCUAGCCAGUCUCCAGAUCUCAACCCCAUAGAAAAUCUUUGGAGGGAGUUGAAAGUCUGUGUUGCCCAGCGACAGCCCCAAAACAUCACUGCUCUAGAGGAGAUCUGCAUGGAGGAAUGGGCCAAAAUACCAGCAACAGUGUGUGAAAACCUUGUGAAGACUUACAGAAAACGUUUGACCUGUGUCAUUGCCAACAAAGGGUACAUAACAAAGUAUUGAGAAACUUUUGUUAUUGACCAAAUACUUAUUUUCCACCAUAAUUUGAAAAUAAAUUCAUAAAAAAAUCCUACAAUGUGAUUUUCUGGAAAAAAAUGCUCAUUUUGUCUGUCAUAGUUGACGUGUCCCUAUGAUGAAAAUUACAGGCCUCUCUCAUCUUUUUAAGUGGGAGAACUUGCACAAUUGGUGGCUGACUAAAUACUUUUUUUCCCCACUGUAUAUGGCUGUAUGUCCACCCGUGCAAUGCAACAAGACAGCUGUUACUAAAGCUUGUGUAGCCUGAUUUCAAGAAAGACCUGUAGUAGAGCAACGAGCAAUAAAGAGCAAAUCUAAUAACUCUAUGUCUGUGUCAGACAUGGCACCCUAUUCCCUAUAUAGUGCACUACUUUUUUGGCACCGGCCCUGGUCAAAAGUAGUGCACUACGUAGGGAAUAGGGUGCCAUGUCUGACGCAGAUAUUCUGAAUGGAAGUAAACCAGCACAAUGACAUCCAGUAAGAGGCACCCACGUGAGAAAACAAGUCUUGACCUUUCACCUCAGUAAGGUGUAUUAAACACGUCCUGACCUUUCACCUCAGUAAGGUGUAUUAAACACGUCUUGACCUUUCACCUCAGUAAGGUGUAUUAAACACGUCCUGACCUUUCCCAGUAAGGUGUAUUAAACACGUCCUGACCUUUCACCUCAGUAAGGUGUAUUAAACACGUCCUGACCUUUCACCUCAGUAAGGUGUAUUAAACACGUCCUGACCUUUCACCUCAGUAAGGUGUAUUAAACACGUCCUGACCUUUCACCUCAGUAAGGUGUAUUAAACACGUCCUGACCUUUCACCUCAGUAAGGUGUAUUAAACACGUCCUGACCUUUCACCUCAGUAAGGUGUAUUUUUGUGCUGUAAUAAGUACAGUCCCCUCCACUAAUAUUGGCACCCUCCACUAAUAUUGGCACCCUCCACUAAUAUUGGCACCCUUGGUAAAUAUGAGCAAAACGGGCUGUGAAAAAAAAAAAAAAGUCUUUAUUUUUCAUCUUCUUGGUCUUUCAUUCAAAAAUAUUCACAAAAAUCUAACCUUUUCAUAUUUUAUGUUUUUAAGUUCACCUGAGUGAUUAGGAACACUUAAGUGGUAAGCCAUGACUUCCUGUUUCACUGGGGUAUACAUAUGAGGUGACACACAGGCCAAGUUACCAUAGUCAUCCAUCGCUAUGGGAAAGACCCGAGAAUACAGUAAUGAUGCGCGACAAAAGGUUGUAGAGCUGCACAAAUCAGGAAAUGGCUAUAAGAAAAUAGCUCAACGGUUGAAAAUGCCCAUUUCCACUAUCAGGGCGAUAAUUAAGAAGUUUAAAGCAACUGGAGAUGUUAACAAUCGGCCUGGAAGAGGACGUGUGUCUAUAUUGACCCCACGCACAGUGAAGAGGAAGGUUAGAGUGGCCAAAAAAUAUCCAAGGAUCACAGCUGGAGAACUGCAGACGUUAGUUGUUGGGUCUUGGGGUGAGAAAGUCUCUAAAACUACAAUCAGACGCCACCUACAAAAACACAAGUUGUUUGGGAGGGUUGCCAUUAAAAAAGCCUUUGCUGUCAUCAAAACAACAAACUCAAGCGCCUACAGUUUGUCAAAACGUUACUGGAACUUUCAAUGGGGACCGGGUUCUAUGGUCAGAUCAGACCAAAAUAGAGCUUUUUGGAAACAAACACCAGAGGUGGGUUUGACGUAGACAGAAAGAAAGCCAUGCUGAAAAGUACCUCAUCCCCAAAGUAUGGUGGUGGAUCUUUUGAUAUUGUGGGGCUGUUUUUAUUCCGAAGGCCCUGGACAACUUGUUAGGAUACAUGGAAUCAGGAUGAAAAAUGUAUGCACUCACGAACUGUAAAGUCACUCUGGAUAAGAGCAUCUGCUAAAUUACUUAAAUGUAUCAUGGACUCCAUAAAGUACCAGCAGAUAUUAAAAUCAGAACUUGACAGCCUCUGCUAGGAAGCUUAAACUGGGCCGUGGUUGGAUCUUCCAGCAGGACAGUGAACCAAAGUACACCUCAAAAUCAACACAAAAAUGGUUCUCUGACCACAGAAUCAAGGGUUUUGCCAUGGCCAUCCCAGUCCCCUGGACCUAAACCCCAUAGAAAACCUGUGGGGUGAGCUGAAGAGGAGGAGAGUCCCACAAGCGUGGACCUCGGGAGUCUGAAGGAUCAUGGAGAGAUUCUGUACGGAGGAACGGUCUCAGAUCCCUUGCCAUGUGUUCUCCAACCUCAUCACGCAUUAUAGGAGGAGACUCAGAGCUGUUAUCUUGGAAAAGGGAGGUUGCACAAAGUAUGGAAUGAAGGAGUGCCAAUAAUUUUGGCACAUAUAUAUUUGAGAAAAUAUUUGUUUUAUGAUAAGAUAAAUUUUUUCUUCAAUUAUUUUACUUUAAUUAAAGGUUAGAUUUUUGUGAAUAUUGUGAAUGAAAGACCAAGAGGAUGAACAAUAAAUACAUUUUUUUUUUCACAGCCCGUUUUGCUCAUAUUAACCAAGGGUGCCAAUAUUAGUGGAGGGUGCCAAUAUUAGUGGAGGGAGCUGUAUAACCUAAAUCGGCAUCUCCCCCCCCGUAGAUCUCUGAGCUGCGUCUCCGCAGCCAGCAGCUGGAGGAUGAGAACGGGCUGCUGUCGGAGAAGAACACCCAGAAUGCAGCAGGAGUGGAGGGCUUGAGCCAGCAGCUGAGGGAUCUGCUCAGACAGAGUGAGAGACAGGAGGCUGUCCGAGACCAGCAACACACUGUGCCAGAGGAUGACAGGAACAAGGUAAACUGUCAUAGUCAUUUUUUAGGCUUUUUGAGCUCUUUCGUAAUUAGUCUUUGUUUGAUUCCUUGCUCUUGGCUCCUCGCCCUCUUCCUCAACAGGCAUUGGACAAGAAGAUUCAAGGUCCCUGCUCUCUGGCCUUCUUGUCCAAUGCGAGGAGAGCGGAUUGGACAAAUUGAGGAAAAAAAAGCACUGGGUUCCUAUUGGGUAGCUAAUGACUUGUUCUGCUGUGUGUCAGAUGGCAGUGUGUGUGUCUGCCCUGGAGGCGGAGCUGACCAACGCUGUGGAGGGCACUGCUCUGCUAGAGGAAGGCAAGGCCCAGCUGGUGCUACAAAUCAACACCCGCCGAGAUGACAAGGUGAGUCACCGAGCAGACAAACGUCAUCGUGGACAUUUUGAAUAUCAAUACGAAUGUCGUAGAACUUACUAGCAGUGUGUGAGGUUAUAGGUGUAACACCUGUCCUACUUUCUAGAACUGCGUUGUUGGUUAAGGGCUUGUAAGUAAGCAUUUUCAUGGUAAGGUCUACUACACCUGUUGCACUCGGCCCAUGUGAGAAAUAAAGUUUGAUUUGAAAGAGUUAGAAUUUUUUGUAUUUUUAUUGAGAUAGAAAGUUACGAAUAAGAGGGGGAGAUGGCUAGGUAAAGGAAUAUGAAGGCGCAGAUGGGGGUUUGAACUCGAGGGGCAAUGUGAUACCGUACAUACAACCACACUCCUCUUCCCUGGGUCCAUCUGUAGGUGCCUAAGAUGGGGGCUAUGGAAUGCCAGCUCUCCCACCUCCUGCAGGACAACAAGGCUUUGGAGAAACAAACCCAGGGCCUACGCAACCAGCUAGCCAAGUCUCAGGAGAGGGUAAGAUGCUCUGUUGAGUCUGGCAACCUUUGACGCUACCUUGUCAACCACUUUAUGACACAGUUAUAAUCCAUAGUUCAACGUGUUACCACUUUCAUUCUAAAUCGUCAUCAUUUAGAAUGUCUGUUCCGUGUGUGUCGAGCCAAAGACAAAUUUCAACAUUGAAUCACGUGGACAAUAAAGUUUUUUUUCGAAUUCAUUCUGAUAUGUUAGAAUGAUGCAAAAGUAUCUAUUUCUUUGGGCAUAAUACUGGGGAAUUUAAGGAAAGUUAGCCUACAUUUUGCAACCCUAUUCAUGACCAAGGUAUUCUCUCCUCUUUCAGACUCAUGUGUUGGAGGAAAGUCUUCAGUCUGCCAGCCUCCAGAGCGCCCGUCUCAAGUCAGACCUCCGCGUGUCACAGCAGGAGAAGGACGCCCUCAAACAGGAAGUGAUGUCACUGCACAAACAGCUGCAGAAUGCCAAUGAUAAGGUAAGGCCUUCUAUGAUGACACGCUGAUCGGUUGGUUCGUUCGUUGGUUAGGUGGGUGGUUGGUUCGCUGGUUGAUUGUUUAGGUGGGUAAUUGGUUCGUUGGGUGGGUGGUUAAUUGGUCGGUGUGGUGACGUUCAUUAAAUUAUUUUUAAAGUUAUGUACAUCUCGUCCUUAACCAGACACCUUGUAGCGAUCCACCUUACCCAAACCAGGAAGCUAACUCAGCUACAGUUUUGAUUGAGUGAUUAAUAAUAAUAAUAAUAAUAAUAUAAUAUGCCAUUUAGCAGACGCUUUUAUCCAAAGCGACUUACAGUCAUGUGUGCAUACAUUUUUUGUGUAUGGGUGGUCCCGGGGAUCGAACCCACUACCUUGGCGUUACAAGCGCCGUGCUCUACCAGCUGAGCUACAGAGGAUUGAUUAUACAAGCCGGAUAGACCUGAGGUGAUUCAACGAUCCACAUUGGCACCUAUAUCUCUCCUCUAGUGACCCUUUAUGUCAAUUAGUAUCACACAAUGAAAUGACUAGAUGACUAGAUCUAGUGAAACUGCUAUGGUCUUUGUCCUUUCUAGGUCUACCUGUGGGGGACGUGGUGUUUUGACCUCAGUGAGAUUUAUUGGUUAAAUAAAGGUUAUAUAAAAAUUUAAUUAUUACUAAAGGGCCGAGAAGGCUCGGCCCGGUUAUUUCUUCCUUAAUCAGAACCAGGUUCUGAAGAUGGCCCUGCACUCCAGCGGCUACCAAAGCCAGCACAAUAUAAUAAUAAUAAUAAUAAUAAUAAUAAUAAUAAUACAAUAAUAAUAAAUAAAUAUUAUUAUUAUCUCAGAACCAGGUUCUGGAGAUGGCCCUGCACUCCAGCGGCUACCAGAGCCAGCAUAAGAAGCUGUACCGGGACGAGCUGGCCAGGCUGGUGGAGCAGGAACAGCUGCUGCUGAGGCAGGAGAACGAGAGGCUGACCAUGGAGCUCCACAACACCAAGGGUGACCUCCACCACACCAGGGACAAGGUGAGAUGACAGAGGGAUGGGAUGGAUGGAAUGAACCAUUUUUAACUAAUUCAUUCAACCAAAAUACAGACCCAAUCAAAUUGGUCUUGGAUGUUUCAAGGUCUAGGGGCCAGUUUCCCCCCCCCGGACACAGAGCUCUUUUAAUGGAGAUUCUGAGUUGAGCAUGGAUUUCAGUCGAGGACUAGGCUUAAUCUGUGUCCAGGAAACUUGUCUCUUUUACGUUCUAGAGAUUUCUAGGACAGUUACACCCUGCAUAUGAAUACGUUUUGAAACCCUGUAUUGUCUUUCCACAGACGUGUCAGCUGGAGGCAGCCAUCUUAACCGUGAAGCAGCAGAGACAGCAGGGCCAGUCCACCGUAGUGAAGACAGUCGAGCAGGAGAAGACUGCUAUGAAGAGAGAGCUGGACGUGACGCACCAGGAGCUACUCUCUGCUCACAACAAGGUCAUCUAACAGGAGGAUCUGUUCUCAUAGCUGUUUAGAACAAGGUCAUCUAACAGGAGGAUCUGUUCUCAAGGCUGUUUAGAACAAGGUCAUCUAACAGGAGGAUCUGUUCUCAAGGCUGUUUAGAACAAGGUCAUCUAACAGGAGGAUCUGUUCUCAAGGCUGUUUAGAACAAGGUCAUCUAACAGGAGGAUCUGUUCUCGUAGCUGUUUAGAACAAGGUCAUCUAACAGGAGGAUCUGUUCUCGUAGCUGUUUAGAACAAGGUCAUCUAACAGGAGGAUCUGUUCUCGUAGCUGUUUAGAACAGGGUCAUCUAACAGGAGGAUCUGUUCUCAAGGCUGUUUAGAACAGGGUCAUCUAACAGGAGGAUCUGUUCUCAAGGCUGUUUAGAACAAGGUCAUCUAACAGGAGGAUCUGUUCUCAAGGCUGUUUAGAACAGGGUCAUCUAACAGGAGGAUCUUCUCAUAUCUAUGCAUAGUCUUAUACUGUUAUGAUUUCUUGAUUUUUUUUUUUUUCAUGUUUUAUUUAAAUUCAUACGUUUCAUACAGUACGUGCAUUUUUUUUUAUUGAUUGAUUGAUAGCACAUUUUUCCUUGAUUAUAUUAAUAGGAUAAACCUAAUGUCGAAAUUACGGAAACAAACUCACAGCAAUGCUUACUUCCACCUAUCAUUCACAAGCAACAUGUAUUUCUGAAGCAGUUGUCUUACUUUUAAACAAUGAGUUUGUUUUUUUAAUGUGUCUUUCCCUUUUUUCUGAUGGCCUUGUGUGGUGGUGGUUGUCAGGUGUGUGAGGUCCAGAGAGAGCUGGAGAGUCUUCGUCAGGAAAACGAGGGUCUGAAGACCCAACAGAACCAUCUACAAGCCCGGCUUCUGGAGGUCCGUUCUCUACCAACCUUCCCUAACUUCCCCCUGACAUGCUCUCCUCUCAUCACGACAUCUGCCUCUCCCUGUCAAACACUUGGACUCUUUUUAAUGUCUCCUUUCUUCUUCUAGCAUGUUCUAUAAAACGAGUUUGUUUUCAUGUAACACCAGCAAUUUUCCAGAAACACUAUAUCAGUUGGGCUAGCAACAGUUGUCCUGGCUCCUCCUGUCCUCACACUCAUGUCCCUUGUGUCCUCUUUGACACAACCUCCAUCUAUCUAUCUAAUCCAUCUAUCUCUCCCUCCCACCCUACAUUAUGUCCCCUCUCUCUCUCCCUGUGUCUCUCGUCUCUCCCCUGACUGUCUCUCUCUUCUCUCCCUGUGUCUCUCAUCUCGCUCCUGACUGUCUCUCUCUUCUCUCUCGUCUCUCCCCUGACUGUCUCUCUCUUCUCUCCCUGUAUCUCUCCUCUCUCAUCUCGCUCCUGACUGUCUCUCUCUUCUCUCUCGUCUCUCUCCUGACUGUCUCUCUCUCUCUUCUCUCCCUGUGUCUCUCAUCUCUCUCCUGACUGUCUGUCUGGUGUCUCCAGGCCCUCCAGGUCCAGCUGGGUGGUCUGCUGCCCCCGACCCCUCGCAGGAUGCCUGGUGAGCGGAGAGAGCAACACCGUGGGGACGACCUCAACCCAGAGAACGUACAGGUAGGAGAGACCAGUGUUACCCAUCACAACCUCCUAACUAUAACUGAAUCCUAAUUCUAUAUGGCCUUCUUGCUCUUUGAAUCAAUAUGCAGUUGGCAUAUCUUGUGAUCUACAGUCUAUCACUUAGUAUAAAGGAUCUUCACUCUCACUGUGUUCAGCAGCUCAGUACACUCAUUCACACUUUACUGUUGAUUAUGGGAAUACCUGGCUCCUCUGAUCUGCCUUGAAUACCUGGCUCCUCUGAUCUGCCUUGAAUACCUGGCUCCUCUGAUCUGCCUUGAAUACCUCGCUCCUCUGAUCUGCCUUGAAUACCUCGCUCCUCUGAUCUGCCUUGAAUACACUCUGAUGGGAACACCUGGCUCCUCUGAUCUGCCUUGAAUACCUGGCUCCUCUGAUCUGCCUUGAAUACACUCUGACGGGACCUAAACCACCAACACCUUACAAAAUAUCUUACAUUUUCACUUUGGGGAAUUUAAAUAUUUGAAAAGAGAAGUGAAUUGAUGUGGCUCUUCCAUUCUACCAUGCCAUUCAAUAUUUUAUUUGCACUCUGGGUUUGGUUAGGUUUCUGAAGCUGGAACAUUUUGUCCUGGUUUCAUCACGACACCACCUUACCCUGUUCAUGUUCUCUCUCGUGUGUGUUUGUAGUGAGUGUGUAGUGUGUGUGUGUGUGUGUUUGUAGCGAGUGUGUAGUGUGUGUGUGUUUGUAGAGUGUGUGUGUGUGUGUUUGUAGAGUGUGUGUGUACCUUCUGGGUGCUGUGUUCUUUAUGAUGUAGAGCUCACUGUUACGACGUCUGUCAUUUUCCACUCUGAUAUGGUGGUCAUAGUCUGGGAUGGGUGAUGGUGUGGGGUGAUUAUAGUCUGGGAUGGGUGAUGGUGUGGGGUGAUUAUAGUCUGGGUUGGGUGAUGGUGUGGGGUGAUCAUAGUCUGGGAUGGGUGAUGGUGUGGGGUGAUUAUAGUCUGGGAUGGGUGAUGGUGUGGGGUGAUUAUAGUCUGGGAUGGGUGAUGGUGUGGGGUGAUUAUAGUCUGGGAUGGGUGAUGGUGUGGGGUCAUUAUAGUCUGGGAUGGGUGAUGGUGUGGGGUGAUUAUAGUCUGGGAUGGGUGAUGGUGUUGGGUGAUUAUAGUCUGGGUGGAGUGAUGGUGUUGGGUGAUUAUAGUCUGGGUGGAGUGAUGGUGUUGGGUGAUUAUAGUCUGGGAUGGGUGAUGGUGUGGGGUGAUUAUAGUCUGGGUGGGUGAUGGUGUUGGGUGAUUAUAGUCUGGGUGGAGUGAUGGUGUGGGGUGAUUAUAGUCUGGGAUGGGUGAUGGUGUGGGGUGAUUAUAGUCUGGGAUGGGUGAUGGUGUUGGGUGAUUAUAGUCUGGGUGGAGUGAUGGUGUGGGGUGAUUAUAGUCUGGGUGGGUGAUGGUGUGGGGUGAUAUUCUGGGUGGAGUGAUGGUGUUGGGUGAUUAUAUCUGGGUGAGUGAUGGUGUGGGGUGAUUAUAGUCUGGGAUGGGUGAUGGUGUGGGGUGAUUAUAGUCUGGGAUGGGUGAUGGUGUGGGGUGAUCAUAGUCUGGGAUGGAGAACCAUCCUCUGAAUAGCAGUAGGCCUAGUCUCUGUCAUGGGGUGAUUAUAGUCUGGGGUGGAGGCCUAGUCUCUGUCAUGGGGUGAUUAUAGUCUGGGGUGGAGGCCUAGUCUCUGUCAUGUCCUAGCUCUGACAUUUUGAGGUGGUUCGUCCUACGCUACACUGUAAAAAAAUAGCCUGGGACAAUUGUACGCUAUCUACCAAUUUUAGUUCGUUUUCUAAAGUCUAGCCGACUAACUAUUUAGCCCAGUUCUCAGAUUGCACUGAGUUCUUCAGUUGUCCCAGACAGUGGUGACUAUUUAAAGCUGUGCUAAUUGCGUAGCCCUGCCUUUAGAAGGUUGUUAUUAGAGUAGUAGAGGACUGGAUGGAGGGGUUGAGCCCUGGUGAAGUGUACCUGCCUUCUCUCUCCAGGGUGCUGCAAUGCCAGAACAGAGGGCCACUCAUGCAGACAGCUACCGGAGGAUUGGUGGACUCUGACAGACAGCAAGCAACUUCUAACAUAACCUUCCCCCAGUCCUCCAAACCUUUCCCCCAGCCUGACUCGCCUAACCCCAACCCCUGCCUCAAUCCUCCAAGACUCCACUCCCUUCCCUGAAUUCUUCCCCAGUCCUCUUCACCUGCCCCCCCCAGUCCUCCAAACCUUUCCCUCCCUCCGUCCUCUUCACCUCAACUAACCCCAGCCCCACCCGAUCCUCCAAGUCUCCAUUCCCUGUCCCCUGAACUCUUCCCCCCUGUCCCACUUAUGCUUGAAUCACUGGAAGAAGAACAAUUCUGGGAGAGUGUUACUGUACCUUCUUUCUGUCCUUAUAGGAGAUGAACUGUGAUUUGAAUGGGAUUUUAGAACCAGUUCAUCAUUUAAGGGCAUGAAUGUGUAACGACGGUAUGCUGCCACUAGGUGGCGGUACCAGAAUAAAACAGGGUCGUUCCCUUGUUAUGUUCCUCAAAUCAAAGGGCUUCCUGAAACAACUUGAGCUCUAGGUGAAUUUACUGGAGUCAAAGGUCCAUUAAAUAUACACUGAUUGCAGUAGAUUCAUAGUUUCAACAGAAUGUAUUAUUGGACCUAUUUUUUUCAAGAUGACCUGCAUAUUUAUAUUUUUUGCACUUAAAACCAACAAGCGUCAAAAUGUCAACUGAUAUUUUUUUUUUUUUUUUUAUCUUUGUCACAAAGAUUUGAAUAACCUUUUUAGUUGGUUGACCUGUUCACCUCUCACAACUGUUGUUUUAUUGUAAACGGUACCAGUUAGUUACCAACAGUAUUAAACUCUACAAUAGUUUGAUAGUAAAAACGAAUGGUCACAUGUUCAUUAUAAUUUUGCGACUGUUUUGAUUCAUGUUCUUCCAUUGGUUGUAUUGUUAUGUUAAUGCGGCUUCCUGUUUACUGUAGAAGGUCUGAUAAGAGGUCUGAGUCUUUAGAAGUACAGUUUUUAUUCUCUAGUGUGUUUUGACUUUUUAUGUAUAUCAUUAUUUUAUUCAUUAUUUAUGUUGUUUGUAGAUUGUAUUUAAGUUUUUGGAUCAAAUAAUUGUAAAUUUAUUUAUUCGUUUUUAUCUAUUAUUUAUGUAUUUAUUUAUUUAGCUGUGAUGUCACUUUUUAAUAAAUGCACUAGAAUGUAUUUCACUGGAAAAUAAUCAAGACAAAAUAAAGCAUCUAGUUUCAUGUGUUUUGUGUUCAUUGGCCUUCUUCCUCGGCGUUAAAGCUACCACAUACUCCGAUGGUGUCCUCUCUCAGAUGGAAUCUCGUCACCACAUCUUUCUUAUUGUAAGAAUAGAUUACCGCAUAGAACACAAUCAUUUUGCUAUGAGUAUUUACAGUAUAUUACUCAGCUAUGAGUAUUUACAGUAUAUUACUCAGCUAUGAGUAUUUACAGUAUAUUACUCAGCUAUGAGUAUUUACAGUAUAUUACUCAGCUAUGAGUAUUUACAGUAUAUUACUCAGCUAUGAGUAUUUACAGUAUAUUACUCGGCUAUGAGUAUUUACAGUAUAUUACUCAGCUAUUAGUAUUUACAGUAUAUUACUCAGCUAUGAGUAUUUACAGUAUAUUACUCAGCUAUGAGUAUUUACAGUAUAUUACUCGGCUAUGAGUAUUUACAGUAUAUUACUCGGCUAUGAGUAUUUACAGUAUAUUACUCGGCUAUGAGUAUUUACAGUAUAUUACUCGGCUAUGAGUAUUUACAGUAUAUUACUCGGCUAUGAGUAUUUACAGUAUAUUACUCGGCUAUGAGUAUUUACAGUAUAUUACUCGGCUAUGAGUAUUUACAGUAUAUUACUCGGCUAUGAGUAUUUACAGUAUAUUACUCGGCUAUGAGUAUUUACAGUAUAUUACUCGGCUAUGAGUAUUUACAGUAUAUUACUCGGCUAUGAGUAUUUACAGUAUAUUACUCGGCUAUGAGUAUUUACAGUAUAUUACUCGGCUAUGAGUAUUUACAGUAUAUUACUCGACUAUGAGUAUUUACAGUAUUUACUCAGCUAUGAGUAUUUACAGUAUAUUACUCAGCUAUGAGUAUUUACAGUAUAUUACUCGGCUAUAGAGUAUUUACAGUAUAUUACUCGGCUAUGAGUAUUUACAGUAUAUUACUCAGAUAUGAGUAUUUACAGUAUAUUACUUGGCUAUGAGUAUUUACAGUAUAUUACUCAGCUAUGAGUAUUUACAGUAUAUUACUCAGCUAUGAGUAUUUACAGUAUAUUACUCGGCUAUGAGUAUUUACAGUAUAUUACUCGGCUAUGAGUAUUUACAGUAUAUUACUUGGCUAUGAGUAUUUACAGUAUAUUACUCAGCUAUGAGUAUUUACAGUAUAUUACUUGGCUAUGAGUAUUUACAGUAUAUUACUCAGCUAUGAGUAUUUACAGUAUAUUACUCGGCUAUGAGUAUUUACAGUAUAUUACUCAGCUAUGAGUAUGUUGCAGUUCAUACAGCCAGACAAAUAGUACUUCUAAAAGUAUUUCCUUGUGUAAUUAAACCAAGUGUAUUUCCCCUUUCUUUCCUUUUGAACAUUGCCAGAUGAUACACAAAGAUGGUUCAACCCAAAAACAUGGGGCAGAACUAAAGGAUAUCAAGCAAGUUGCUGUAAAAUGACACACAGUGAUUUAAGGCCAUAGAUUAUUCUCUACAUUUGAUUAUUUAUUUUUUUUAAACCCUGUCUCAUCUGUGUACCUCUUCUCCAUCACCAGGAUGAGAGGGCGACGAUGAUGAUGAUGAUGAAGAUGGAGGAACGUAUGAGGGAGAUCGAGCUGUCGCUGCAUAACGUCAAGCUGCUGCUCAAAGAGAAGGUCUGCCAACUCAAAGAUCAGGUACACGCGUUAUAGCUGUAUUUUCUCUUUUGAUGUUGACGUUCAGCUGCAAUAUCUAAAAAAAAAUGGUUUCCUGUAAUCUCUUCAACAGUCUUAUUUCUAUGUUUAUCAGUUUGCUGUAAGUAUUAGUUUUACUGGUGAUGGUUGCUAACAGCAAGCACAUGUCUCUUGGAUGAUGACAAAGAAAAUAAUGGUGUUGGAAAGAGGGAUAGACUACAUGCAGUAACAAGGAGAGAUUGGUCACGUUCCCUCUCCGUUCCGUCUCUAGCUCCACAAGAACGGCAAAGCUGAUUCGUUGAUCAAGGACCUGUACGUGGAGAACGCCCAGCUGCUGAAGGCCUUGGAGAUGACCGAGCAGAGACAGAAAGUAGCAGAGAAGAAGAACUUCCUACUGGAAGAGAAGGUCUCCAGCCUCAACAGGAUAGUCAGAGACCUGAGCCCCUCACCCCUAGCCCCCGUGCCCUAUCAUUUCACCUGUUCCUAAUACCUCACCCCUAGCCCC